CUCUGCUCCUUCAGGGCCUUACAAAACCCUAAUUCUUGGUUUCGGUUCCGACGUUUUUCACAUACUUCUUCCUCAUUUUCAAUCCUCUCACAGGCAAAAUUCGUGGUUUUCGUUGGGUGUUUCUGUGAUUUUCAAUUCGGUUCUGUGCGCAAAAUGAGUGAUUCUAAGCUCUUCGUUUUUGGGUCAUUCUCUGAAGACGAGACCAGGUCACUGCUGCAAAAGCAAUCACCUGGGAAGGCUAAAAAGCCUGUGGAAAAAAAUGUAUUGCAGUUUGGGUCUAUAAAUUUUGUUAGUAAAAUAUCUUCGGGUGAAUGUAAUGGUGAAUCAAGCAGACCACAAAAUUCUGUGAAAGGGCUCAGCAAAGUUCAGCCUUUAAGUUCACUUAAUAAGCAGAAUGAAGCGGAGUCUGUAAAAGCAGCAAAUGAUAGUUUACCAGCAUCUUUAACUACUCCUACAGAGAAUGGAUGUACUGAUAAUUAUAAAAAUGGUUCUGCCCAUAGUAAUGGUGUGAAAGAGGUGACAACGGAUAAUAUUGAUGUAGCUUCAUUACCUUUAUCCAAUAACGAAGGUGGUCUCACUUUCGUGCUUUUUUGUAGGUGUUUCUGGGAUUUCCAAUUCGGUUCUGUGCGCAAAAGGAGUGAUUGUAAGGUUGGCUAUCCAACAUUGGGUGCAUUUGCAGAGUUCGUCUCUGAAUUUGACAUGCCUAGUGGUUCAAGUUCAAAGAACAAAGAUGCAAGUGUUCUUGAGACUGGUAGGCCUUUUAGCCCUGCCAUGUUUGAAGGCGUUCUUAAAAAUUUUACUCCAGAUGUACCAACUAGCAUCUCGGGCAGGCCAAGACAAGAAGAUGCUCAGGAGUUCCUUAGCUUCAUUAUGGAUCAGAUGCAUGAUGAAUUACUUAAGCUUGAAGGACAGCCCUCGAGUAUUAAUGGGCGCAAAUCAUCUCUAGUAUCUUCUGCAGAAGAAGAUGAAUGGGAGACGGUUGGCCCUAAGAAUACAUCUGCAGUAACCAGGACACAGAGUUUUGUUCCUUCAGAAUUAAGCGAUAUUUUUGGAGGACAAUUGAGAAGUGUGGUGAAGGCAAGAGGAAAUAAAGCUUCUGCUACUGUUCAACCAUUUUUAUUGCUCCACCUUGAUAUUUACCCUGAAGCUGUUCGUACUAUCGAGGAUGCACUCAAGUUGUUUUCUGCACCAGAAACUCUUGAGGGGUAUCGAACAUCAGCAGCUGGGAAGGCUGGUGUUGUAAGUGCUAGUAAAGCAAUAAAGAUACAGACACUUUCAAAGAUAAUGAUCUUGCACUUGAUGCGUUUUGGUUAUGGAAGCCAAGGAAGCACUAAGUUGCAUAAGCCCGUGCAUUUUCCACUUGAGUUGGUUUUGGGUCGUGAAUUGCUUGUUUCUCCAACUACUGAGGGUCGAAAAUACAAACUUGUUGCUACAAUAACUCAUCACGGGAGAGAGCCCUCAAAGGGGCAUUAUACAACUGAUGCUCUUUAUACCAAUGGUCAGUGGCUACGCUUUGAUGAUGCAUCUGUCACUGCAAUUGGAACCGGCAAAGUAUUGCAUGACCAGGCAUAUGUCCUCAUCUACAAACAAUUGUAAAAGGGCAGUUUGGGACAAGUAAUGUGUUGCAUUACCAGGCUUAUGUCUACAAGCAAUUGUGGAAUAUAACCGAGCAGUACUGACUUCCCAUUGAGAGAGACCUAUCCCGUUCAUGUAAUGUGUUGCCCUCACUUGGAAUCGUAUCUCGUUCUGUGUGUCGAUGCUAUAAACUUGCCUACGAUUCCCAUACGAGGGUGGUGGCUAGAGAAAAUGGUUGUAACAAUUCUUUUAACUUAUGUCUAGGGCAGCGGUUUUCAGUUGUUUUAUGAUGUAAUAUAUAUGGAAGAUGCUGCUGAUAUGCUAUAUUUAGUGAAUGCUUUCGUAUUGUACUUAUUUUGGUCGCGUUCAUAUUAUCCAGUAACAUCCUA